CCUCUGUUUUAUCAUAAGGGAACAAAUUAAAGUAAAACAAAAAGUAAUAAUGAGCAAUACAAAUAUGGAAACGUUGUCCAUCACCGUUGAGUCGGAUGAGGGAGACACCGACUUGAUACUAACGUACAGGAGCCUAUCAAAAAACACAACAGAACUCCAGUGGAACAACCUGGUUGACAACCUAGAAACAAACAUGAGAACAAUUAUCAUGGGAGAUAUGAAUGCUAAAAACACUGAAUGGAAUUGCGCAGACAACGAUACGCAGGGAAUAAGAUUAGCAAAGGUUGUGGAAGAAAGGGACCUGUUCGUGGCUAACAGAGACACCCUGUCAAGACCGGCUUCGGGUUCGCAAAGAGCCUCUAACAUAGAUCUAAUAAUUGUCAAUUUCCAAAUGUUACAGAGUAUAAACGCUGAGAACUCGGGGCUAACACUGGGCUCGAACCAUCAAAUCCUGAAUAUACAUACGGCCAUGAGCGUGCCACCGCUAGUCGAAGGCAAGAGAUUCUCAACAAGAAAGUACAAUUACAAAAAGACCAACUGGAACACCUUCCGGUCAAAAAUCGAAGAGGAAUCAAACACGAUGAUACAAAAUGAGCCUGAGCCAACAACAACGGAAGCCGAGGACGAGGUGGAAAUCAGAAAUACAAUUUAUAGAAGCCUGGAAGUAGCGGGAGCUGCAAAAGCUAAACAACAUAGAAAGAACCAGAACAGGGCGAAUGGAAAUAAGACCAAAAGGGGAAACAAGCAAAGGUGGUGGGACGAAGAUUGCGACAAAGCAAUAGAAGAAAAGAGGAGAGCCCUGAUAAAAUUCAACAGAAGACCAAAUGAUGUAACGUGGCAAGCGUACAAAAUAAGCAUCAAAAAAGUGAGGGCAACAGUGAAGAGAAAAAAGAGGGAAGCAUGGGAAAAGUUUGCGGAGAGCGUCAACCGCAGCUCGGACUGUCGCACGCUAUCCGAGCGCGUAUAACGCACUCGCGCAGCCCCUUUCGGGGUUGAUUUUUUCACUGAAACGACCACACAAAAGCGUUUAUUGUACCUAAGUGCAAUAAACGAGGCGAGUUCACUAGCCCGACCGUGAAAUCAGCUGUUCUGCACACGUGUUUCUUCGUCAAGUGAUGAAGACCGACACAAUAACCCAGCAUUGACCCAGAUAGGAAUUUACGAACGAAUGGAAUGGUUGUCGUCCAAGAUCGGGAGGCGGCAACAUUGAUCCCCCUAAUAAAGGAAAAUGUUGCUGCAGGCAGCGAGAUCUAUAUCGACUCAUUUAGGAGUUACAUGGGUCUCGCUGCUGAAGGAUUCAUCCAUAAGAUGGUGAAUCAUAGCGUCGAAUUUGUUGCUCCAGAUAGAACUCAUACGCAACAAAUCGAGGCUAACUGGCGAUCGGCAAAAGAUUGGGUGCAUGGAAGAAGCCGCUUCCACGAAGAUUUCGCCAAUCGCCUAUGUGAGUUUCUGUGGCGAAGAUUCUGUAGAACCCACAAAAUAAAUCUUAUGGAUUCCUUGAUCGCAGCAAUCAAGGAGCAGUAUGUUUUCAAAUAAGGCCAAAAUCUACAAGAAGGGAUACUUAGGACCCCUUAAUUUUUGGUCCCCCAAGACGAAGUUUGACCAACAUUUGAGUGAGACAAUAUUAAU